CAUCCACCAAACCAAUCUCCGGCACUUCCUCCAUUCUUUGAACCCGGCAUCACUCUAUCUCAUUCUUUUCCCCUUUUAGGUCGACUCUUGCAUUUCUGUUUCCAUUUGAUGCUUCUUCAGGGUUUGAGCAAUUGACGGGCUCUGCCAGCGUUUCGCCCCUCUCUUCUGGCUUCAGUGCUGCGUUUAUUGUACGACUUGCGACUGAUCAAUAUCCGGCAUACUCGUCCACGGCCUACCAUACAAAUGAGACGACAAUAGAUUCGCGAGGUCUGGGAUUACAGGAAUAUAGGGAUCACACCACAAUUGCCGAUCACUGAGGUUCGAGCAAAAUGAGUGUCAGGGUUGUCGCUCGAGUGAGGCCAUUGCUCAAGGCGGAGAGAGACAUUGACGUUAUUCUUCAUACUGGCUCUAAGCAGGGAAAGGCGGAUAGGAAGACCUCUCAAGAGACUUCGAAGCUUGCGGCGCUAAGGGAUCGCGACACACUUGUGCGGAUUCCGAACCCGAAGAACGAAAACGAAGAAUAUUCUUUCCAAUUCAAUGCGGUUUACGAUGCAGAGGCGUCUCAACAGGAGCUUUUUGAAGCAGAGGUGUCACCGACAAUCAAACAUCUCUUCAACGGCUUCGAUGUUACUCUGUUUGCCUACGGAGUCACAGGUACUGGGAAAACUCAUACGAUGCGAGGCGGUAAAAGUCUAGCUGAAAGAGGUGUGAUCCCUCGCCUCUUAAGUGGUGUGUAUCGGCGAAGCCGGAAGAUCGAAAAGGAUAGCAAUGGCGAAACCUCAGUCGACGUCUCAUUGAGUUACUAUGAGAUAUACAAUGACAAAGUCUUCGACUUGUUCGAACCACCGGAGAAGAGAACGAUUGCAGGACUUCCAUUAAGGGACAACGGCGGGAAGACUGUAGUUGUAGGCUUAACAGAGAAGCCAUGCUAUUCCUUGAAAGAGUUUGAGACCCUGUAUGACCACGCAAACAUCAACCGGUCUACCUCUGCUACCAAGCUCAAUGCUCACUCAUCACGGUCCCAUGCUAUUCUUUGCGUGAAAGUUGCGAUUACCACUGGAGAGAAAACGCGCGUUAGUACUGCAUCAGCUAUUGACCUUGCCGGCUCAGAGGACAAUCGCCGGACGGAUAACGACAAGGAGCGAAUGGUCGAAUCGGCAAGCAUCAACAAGAGUCUCUUUGUAUUGGCCCAGUGUGUGGAAGCUAUCACCAAGAAGCACCAAAGGAUACCGUAUAGAGAGUCAAAGAUGACGAGAAUUCUUUCGUUGGGCCAGAACAACGGACUAACAGUCAUGAUUCUCAAUCUUGCCCCUGUCAGAUCCUACCACCUAGAUACGAUAAGCUCUCUCAACUUCGCAAACCGCACCAAAAAGAUUGAGCUGCGCGAGGUCGAGAACGAGCCGAUUUUCAAAGGACCCCCAAGGCCUGCGGCACGCCCAUCUGUUACGGCCAUGCGGCAGCCUCUCCGACCACUGACAGCGUCUGUGAAUGUCAACCUUGCUGCAGCUAAUAAUAAGGAUCCAUCCAAAGGUGGCGAUGCCAAGCCGGUCAAGGCAUUCAAUGUGUAUGCGGACAAGCGCAGUUCAGCCCAGUUCAAGAAGCCCGAAAUCCUUAGCCGACCUUCCCUGAGCACCGAAUCGCACGGAGGGCGGUCUUUGAAAACUACCCGGCUUGCACAACCGAGCAAUCAUUCUCAGAAACAAAAAGAAGAUAUUUCAGCCAAGAUUGAAGAACUGGUUGAGAGGAAAGUCGAAGAGAUACUUGCAGUCCGCGCCGUCAGUGAAAAGUCGCGGCAAACGCAGGUUCGCGAGCUAAACGAGCAAGUCCAACGACGCCUCGAGCUUCUAGAGCAACGGAUCGAGGGGUCUGAAGAUGCGAGAGCUGAGGGACUAUCGUACCUACUCAUGGCAAAACAGCACCAAGGGCGUGGUGAAGAUACCUCGGCGUUGAAGAUGUACCAGCUAGCGCUCCCAUUCUUCCCGCAAAAUGAGAAACUCGCUAUAAAGAUUGCCACUCUGAAGCUGCGUAUCCAAGACCGAGGUCGUCAGACCAUCAAAACGACUAACACGCCGGCUUCGGAGACAAAGAAGGGACUCGGCAGUAUACUCUCGCUACCUUCGAGCCAGGGUAUCAAACGACCUUCGGAAGCUCUCGACGCAGAUUACGAGGACCAUGCCUCUGAGGCAGCAAGUUCUGACGAUGACUUCGAGGAAACGUCUCGUGUCCAGUGCAAAAAGCGUACGAAAACCAAGCAACCUGGACCCCUCGAUUUGAGCCUUGACGCCGUGGACGAUGACAGCUCAGUCCCUUCUCCACGAACUAUCCAUCUGCUUUCGAUAAUCAAUUCUCGUGAUGUGAGCCAAAUCAAGCUUCUAAAGGGCGUCGGGGUGAAAAAGGCAGAGGCGAUCGUCGACUGCCUGUGCGAGAUGGACCAGAACUCGCAGGGUCGCGAAACGGAGACACCAUUCCGCAUCAGCAGCCUCGCGGAGCUGAGCAAAUUGAAAGGUGUUGGUUUGAAGAGCGUUCAAAGCAUGCGUAACGGUGUUUUGGUAUAGACGGAAGAUACUUCCAUCACUUGUGAUUGCAUUGUUGUUCACACUCUUGGAGCAUCAUCUUGACCUUUUUUUUUUUUUCUCUUUUCUAUUGUUCGGUAUUCCCCAUAUGUUGCGGUAUUGCUCUUCUUUUUUUUUUUUUUUUUUU